CUCCUCCCAGUUCUGUGUGCCGUUGCGAGGGGUACUUGAUGGUGUUCUCAUCACCCAUCUCAAAGCUACUAGCAGACACUGUAGCGCUAAAAACGCUGAUUAACAAUAUGGAGUAGCAUGCACGCGUCUGGGCAUUCUUUUCAUCCAUUCCCUUUGAUGGAUGUGCACGUCCAGUGGAAUAUACGUUCAUCGCACGAUUGAGAUCCAGACUGAUCCAUUCUUUGCUGAGACAACAUGGCUUCUGACAACACACAGCGCAGUUACUCCAUCAUCCCAUGUUUCAUCUUCGUAGAGCUGGUGAUAAUGGCAGGGACCGUCCUGCUGGCCUACUACUUUGAGCUGACCGACACGUUCGGCAUCCACGUCCAGGGGUUCUUCUGCAACGAUGCUGACCUGAUGAAGCCGUACCCCGGGGUGGACGAGAGCAGCUUCAUCCCUCCCCUCAUCCUCUACUGCGUGGUCGCCGCUGUUCCCACCACCAUCAUCUUCAUCGGGGAGGUAUCCAUGUACAUCAUGAAGUCCACACGGGAGGUGCUUCUAACCCAGGAGAAGACCAUGGUGACGGGGAAGUGCUGCUACCUGAACGCCCUUACCAGGAGAGUCAUCAGGUUUAUUGGUGUGUUUGCGUUUGGUCUGUUUGCGACAGACAUCUUUGUAAACGCGGGGCAGGUGGUGACGGGCAACCUGGCGCCGUACUUCCUGUCUGUCUGUAAGCCCAACUACACCGGCACAGAGUGUCGCUUCAACCACCAGUUCAUCUCCAACGGUAACAUCUGUACCGGCAGCCCGGUCGUCGUGGAGAAGGCUCGACGCUCCUUCCCUUCCAAAGACGCCUCGCUCAGCGUCUACUCUGCUGUCUACGUCACUAUGUACAUCACUAGCACCAUAAAGACUAAGAGUAGUCGCCUGGCCAAACCGGUGCUGUGCCUGGGAACCCUCUGUACAGCAUUCCUCGCCGGGCUCAACCGGGUCUCGGAGUACCGGAACCACUGUUCUGAUGUCAUCGCUGGGUUCAUCCUUGGUAGCUGUAUCGCUCUGUUCCUGGGUAUCUGUGUGGUGAACAACUUUAAAGGAACCCACUCCCCUCCUGCCAAACAGAAGAGUGAAGAUUACCGUGGUCUCCCUCUAAUGACCUUCCCCCGCAUCCAGAGCCCCCUGCAGACACUCAGCGCACAGAACCAUUCGGCAUCGAUGACCGAGGUCACAUGACUAGCGGGGACCGAGGGGGGUCAGCACCGGGUCACCUUUGCGUCUCCUCAACACAUCUUCUAGGCACAAUGUGUUGUACUGUCAUGCUACUACUGUAAAAAAGGACAGUAUUCUGGUGUAACUAGUUAGAGGCUGAUGUUUUGUACAUUU